ACGCCCCUCGCCCAAGUCGCCCUCGACCCGUUUUGUCCACGCCCAAACGCACCCCACCGCCCAUCCAUCCUCCUGAAGACUUUUGCCAGAGAACAAUAAAAAGGACAUUGUCUUCUUUUUGACGGCGACAUCGACAACAGACUCUCGACGUCUCUCCUCCGGCUUCCUUCUUCCACCACCACCCACAUCACAUCUCCCCGCUUCGAGGCAACCAUGCCCGCCGCAACCAACGAUGCGCAGCCGCAGCUGCUCUUCGUCGACGGCUCUUUCCAGGAGCUCGCGACCGAAAUGGCCGAAUAUCUCAAGUCUGAGGAUGCCAAGCAGCUCCUGAGCAAGGACAAUGCCAACAAGGAGGAGGUUCUCGCCAAGCUCAUUGCCUCGUCUGGCGCCUUUAGCACCGUCCCCGAAAAGGAAUUCACCGCCGCCUCCAACCUCAUGAUCUACCUCGUUCUCCAGUCCACCGACCCCAAGAAGUACCUCCCUGCUCUCUGCGGAAACCUCGCCAAGCCCAUCAACGGCUCCCCCGUCCUCGGUGUUGGUCUGUCGUUAAACGCCCUCACCACCGUCUUCAACCUGCUCAAGCCUAGCGACCCGAUCCGUGCGCGCGUCUUUAUGGAGAUUCUCAAGUUUCUUAAGGCUCACAGCAUGUUUGACAACCUGCGUACAUACCUUGACAAGCUCCCCGGCUGGCUCGACGCCUGGGGCACCGAUGAGGAGGUUGAGCGCACCAUAUAUGAGCAGGUCGCUGAUUGCGCCCUUGAGUCUGGAGAGGAGCAGGAAUGCUACGAGUUCUUGCUCAGAGCUCUCCGCACCUUUGAUGCUGACGACAAGGAGGACCUCACCUCUGACGAUGCUCAGCGCCUUUCUCUCCGCGCCGUCAAGAUGGCUCUUCUUUCCAACACAUACUACCUCUUCCAGGACCUUCGUGCCAUUCCUUGCGUUCAGGCUCUGAGCGAGACUCACGCCGUUUACUCUCAGCUUCUCGAUAUCUUUGCCGAGCAGGACCUCGAGGACUACAACGACUUCAACGACGAGCACAAGGGCUGGGUUGAGAAGGAGAACCUCGACCAGGAGAAGCUGCACCGCAAGAUGCGUCUGUUGACCUUUGCCAGCCUUGCUGCUGCCACUCCCAGCCGCGAGAUCGAGUACGCCAAGAUCUGCAAGGCUCUUCAGAUUUCGGCAGAGGAUGUCGAGACAUGGGCCAUCGAUGUUAUCCGUGCCGGCCUUGUCGAGGGUAAGCUCUCUCAAAAGCGCGGCAUGUUCCUCGUCCACAAGGUCACCUACCGUGUCUUCGGCCAGAAGCAGUACCGCGAGCUUGCCACCCGCGUCGACCACUGGCGCAACACCCUCCAGAACGUCCUCACUGUCCUGCACCAGGAGCAGGUCAACGCCAAGACUCAGCGCGAGCGUGAGACUCAGGAACUCGAGCGCAAGGUAGCCAACGCUAACAACGGUGGCCACGGCGGCCGACGAAACGAGCAGCGCCAGCAGCGCGAGCGCACUGACAAUGACGACUAAAUGACUCACAAGUACACCAACCAAACUUUUGUUCAGGUAUCGAUUUUUAGGGAAAGAUUAAAGGAAAAGAAAGAUUUACGGACGAAAUGGGGUUUUUUUUAAUGAGUCUACAUUAUUGUUCUAGACGAACCACUGUAGACAAUCUUGCUCUCAAUGUGAGAAAAAGCGUGGGAUCUACGCCAAAGCAACCCCAUCUCGACAGACUUUUCAUGGCAACAAAGGGUGUUUGCCUGGGAAGCUCGGGACACUUUGCAUCUUUGGACAUGGGAAAAAAUGGAAUAGAGGGCAUUCUCGGCAGCAAGGGGGCGAAAUAGAAGACGAGAAGCGCUGGGAGUUUGUCUCAUUGUUUAUUCAGCAUUGCUUUCCGCGUUUCUCUUUUUCACCUUCUCCCAGCCCAUUGUCGGCUUUUAUUCCUCUUGUUGCCGUCUCUCUUUGUUGGUUUACUCCGUUUUGAGGUGUUUCUGUGGAUGUUGGUCGCUGAAAAGUACAUCGCGAAAAGAAAGAGGGAAACACAUAUAGCAUGGAAGGACAGACAGGUCUAGCGUAUUUGCAAAAAAUUCAAAAAGUUUAUACAUACAGUGAUUAUCUACACAGUGAUUGGGAACAAGACAAACCAGGGGAUGUGGAAUUCAUGCUUGUAUUAUACAGAGUUCUAGUGCGAAUGCUGGUUCAGAAGUUGAACCACGCCUGCGUCUAUAAAGGAAAGGUGCCGUUGUCUCGGCGGUUGUCUAUUUGAAGCAGAAGCGGAGCUUCAUUCAAAGUUUGCGUCUUGUGCCAAAAUCGUACAAGAGAGGCAGUAAGAAAAAAAGAGAGAGAACAGUAGGAGACGACGUAUCGAUUGUCCUGCAAAAGUACCAUCACCGCCCAUCAUUUCAGCGCGCUGCUCCCCCGUCUAUAAAAACGGUACAACAUUUAAGGAGAGCUGCCAAGGCGCUCCUUGAGAAGCUUAUCGGUCUUCUCAAAGACCUUGUCGGGUGUAGGGGUAGCAUCGACCUUGACGGCCUUGCCAACCUGCUCGUAGUAGUCUACGACAGGCAUGCUGGUCUCGAUGAAGACACGGAAGCGCUUGCGGAUGCUCUCGGCAUUGUCGUCGGCACGGCCGCUGGUCUUGCCACGCUCCAUCAGGCGCUUCUCCAUGACCUUCUCGGGGCAGUCGUAGAAGAGAACAAGCUUGGCGGGGCACACGGAGUCCUCAAACUUGUGAGCCUGGUCCAUCUUACGGGGGAAGCCGUCAAUCAGGAAGCGGCCCUUGGUGGUCUUCUUGGCGUCGAGCGUCUCCUUCAUGGCGUUCUCGAGCAACUGAAUCGUCACUUCCAUGGGCACAAUGAGGCCAUUCUUAAUGUAGUCGCGGAUCAGGUCGCCAAACUGCGAGCCGGGACGGGUCUGCUCAGCGCGGAGCAAGUCGCCCGCAGACAAGUGGGUGAAGCCGUGCUCGGCAACAAGGCGCUCGCACUGCGUGCCCUUGCCGGCGCCGGGGCCACCGAGGACAAACACCACUGUAACAUCGUCGGGAGAGAAGGUCGGGGAGGCCUUGGUCGCAGCGGCGACCUGGCUAGCAGCUUCGGUGGGGUUGGUAGGCAUGUCUGCGAGAGGAGACGAAAUAUGUUAGAUCUCGGUCGGUUAGUAGUCGGUUGCAUGUGCUUUUUGCGUACCUUUACGUCUGUUGACAAGGGAGAUGUAGCCAGCAGUUCCGAGACCAAUGAUGACAGCGAAAGGCCAGAACUUGAUCUUAUCCUGCUUGGGGCGAGGGGGCUCGGACGAGUAUUGACGGCGUUGGCGGAAGACGCGAGACAUGCGUAGGGGAGUCGAGGACGAGCAGCUGGGAGCUUUAGGAAGGCUGCGCGCAAGGCGAGCGGCGGGCAUGCGGAAGGCCAUUGUGACUUGAGCUUGUGUUUCGGUGGCGUGAACGACUGCAAAGGGACAAUUUGGCUGUGGGCGGGAGAGGUGACAAGAGAAGGUGAAGAGAAGAAAAGCGAUUAAAAGAUGAUUAAUUGGAAGGCGAAGAAAAAGAAAAGAAAAUUACAGCCCAGCAAAUCGGUAGCGUGGUUUGCAAUUGGCAGCGGUGCGUGGUUGUUGUCAAAGGAGAAAUGCAAGCUCAGGAACGUG